GUCGGCACACCCACGCUGCCUGCCUGCUGAAAUCAAUAGGCUCUGUCCUAGCAACAGGCUUCCCCAAAGCCUGGACACCAGGCUCUCAUUCUGACAUGAGUUUCGGCUGCUUGCUGAGUUCCAUGGCCAGCUGCCGGGAGCCGGUACCCAGAAAGCCCUGAGGAGCAGCCACUCAGUAGCCGCUGACUCCCAGGGCCACCAUGAACUGGGGGGUCUUCGAGGGGCUCCUGAGCGGAGUGAACAAGUACUCCACGGCCUUUGGGCGCGUCUGGCUGUCCCUGGUCUUCAUCUUCCGCUUGCUGGUGUACCUGGUGACCGCCGAGCACGUGUGGAGCGAUGACCACAAGGACUUCAGCUGUGACACCCGCCAGCCGGGCUGCCCCAAUGUCUGCUACGACGAGUUCUUCCCCGUGUCCCACGUGCGCCUCUGGGCCCUGCAGCUCAUCCUGGUCACGUGCCCCUCGCUGCUCGUGGUCAUGCACGUGGCCUACCGUGAGGCCCGGGAGAAGAAGCACCGAGAGAGAGCCGGGAAGGACGGCGGGCGCCUCUACCUGGACCCCGGCAAGAAGCGCGGUGGGCUCUGGUGGACGUACGUCUGCAGCCUGGUGUUCAAGGCGGGCGUGGACGCCGCCUUCCUCUACGUGUUCCACCUGUUCUACCCCAAGUACACCCUCCCUCGGGUGGUCAAGUGCCACGCGGCUCCGUGUCCCAACACGGUGGACUGCUUCAUCUCCAAGCCCGCAGAGAAGAACAUUUUCACUCUCUUCAUGGUGAUCACGGCCGUCAUUUGCAUCCUGCUCAACCUGGUGGAGCUGGCCUACCUGGUGAGCAAGAGGUGCCAGGAGUGCCUGGCGGAGAGGAAAGCCCGGGCCAAGGGGGUGGGCCACCGCCUGGACUGGACCACCUCUUCCACCAAACAGGACGACCUCCUCUUGGGUGAUCUCAUCUUUCUGGGCUCCGAUGUUCCCCCUCCUCUCUUACCAGACCAUCCUCGAGACCAUGUGGAGAAAACCACGCUAUGAGGGGCUCGGGGUCAAGCCUGGGUUAGAAGGACCUGGCAGGGAAGGUGCAGCCCUGGGGGCAGGCAAGAGCGAGGGUCGAGUGGCCUGGAGGCAGGUCCCGAUUCCCAGUUCCUGCCACCUGCCCCAGCUCUGUGGCCUUGGACAAGUUACCCCCUCGCAACUGAACUUAAGUUUCCUUUCGUGUGCCAGAGAUGGUGAGGCCUGCGUCACAGUGCAGGGGAUGGGGGUGUUGAUAAAAGAGCAGAUAUGCAAGUGCCUUUGGGCCAAGGUCAAGGCUUAAUAAAAGUCAUACAAUAA